GGCGCCAUUCCGUGAUUGUAUCUUCAGCAAGUGGCACGCCGAUGGGGGUCUGUCGCAGUCGCCCUAGGGAUCAGUUUGAAAACUUGGAGAAGCACACGCAGUGGGGCAUCGACUUUGUUGACAAGUACACCAAGUUUGUGAAGGAGAGGUGCGAGAUUGAGAUCAGCUAUGCGAAACAGAUCAGAAACCUGUCCAAGAAGUACCAGCCGAAGAAAAACUCCAGGGAGGAAGAGGAGCACAAGUACUCCUCAUGUCGAGCCUUCCUGGCAACACUCAACGAGCUCAAUGACUACGCUGGGCAGCACGAGGUCAUCGCAGAGAAUUUGACCUCGCAGAUCGUGAGUGAACUGGCACGGUACACGCAGGAGCUCAAGCAGGAGCGCAAAUCCCACUUCCACGAUGGGCGCAGGGCGCAGCAACACAUUGAGAACUCAUGGAAGCAGCUGGAGGCGUGCAAGAGGAGGUUUGAGCGAGACUGCAAAGAGGCCGACCGGGCACAGCAGUACUUCGAGAAGAUGGACAACGACAUCAACGUGACGAAAGCAGAUGUGGAAAAGCGAGCCUUCUCAAAGGCACGGCAGCAGGCCCAGCUGCGGCAUCAGAUGGCCGCGGACAGCAAAGCGGACUACUCGGCGUGCCUGCAGAAGUUCAACCAGGAGCAGAACGAGCAUUAUUACACCCUCAUCCCGCACAUCUUCCAGGGCAUCCAAGAUAUGGAGGAGCGGCGGAUCCUGAGGCUGGGCGACUCCAUGAAGACAUUCGCUGAAGUUGACCGCCAGGUCGUCCCCAUUGUGGGCAAAUGUCUUGAUGAAAUCACGAAGGCAGCAGAGUCCAUCGAGCCAAAGAGUGACUCGCAGCUGGUGAUAGAAGCCUACAAGUCGGGCUUCGAGCCCCCGGGAGACGUGGAGUUUGAAGAUUACAGCCAGGCGAUGAAGCGCACCGUCUCCGAGAGCAGCCUGUCCAACUCGAAAGGAGAGGGCAAGCCGGAGAAGAGCAGUGGCAAAGGCAAAGGCAAACUGUGGCCCUUCAUCAAGAAGAACAAGCUCAUGUCCCUCCUAACGUCCCCCCAUCAGCCACCCCCACCUCCUCCCCCAGCCUCUGCCUCACCUUCUGCUGUUCCCAACGGUCCCCAGUCUCCCAAGCAGCAAAAGGAGCCCCUGUCCCAUCGGCUCAACGAGUUCAUGACGUCCAAACCCAAAAUGCACUGCUUCCGGAGCCUCAAGCGAGGGCUUUCUCUCAAGCUGAUUACGUUGAAUGCUCAGGUGCGGACUCUCAUGGAGGGUUCGGGGCCUGAAGACUUCAGUCACCUGCCGCCCGAGCAAAGGAGGAAGAAGCUGCAGCAGAAGAUUGACGACUUCACCAAGGAGAUCCAGAAGGAGCUGGACCAGAGGGACGCCUUGACAAAGAUGAGAGACGUUUACAUCAAGAACCCCCAGAUGGGAGACCCCAGCAGUGUAGACCCCCAGCUGGCUGACAUUUCACAGCGGAUUGAGAAGCUGCGCUUCGAGGCUCAGAAGUUUGAAGGUUGGCUUGCUGAGGUGGAGGGACGGAUGCCAACACGGAGUGACCCUCCACGGCGGCAGAGUGGUCUGUAUGACGGGCAGAACAGCACGCCGGUGAGCAACAGCUGUGCCCAGGACCGGGAGAGCCCUGAUGGCAGCUACACAGAGGACCCAAGCUCAGAAGCGCAGCUCAAGGUGCCCGUCCCCGACUUCGAUGACGAGUUUGAUGACGAGGAGCCUCUGCCUACCAUUGGCACAUGUAAAGCACUCUACCCCUUUGAAGGACAAAACGAGGGCACCAUCGCGGUGACCGAAGGCGAAGUGCUGUAUGUGAUCGAAGAAGACAAAGGAGACGGCUGGACCCGCGUGCGCAGGAACGAGGAGGAGGAGGGCUACGUGCCCACAUCUUACGUCGAAGUCUGUUUGGACAAAGAUGCCAAAGGUUCCAUGACUUACAUUUAGUCCCAAGUCCUGUCACGAGUGCCACUGCUUGGCAGUGGCAGGGGAUGUGCAGAGAGGGGCCUGGUGUCAUCCAGGGCGUAGUUGUGACGUGGCGUGGGGGGGCAUCCCGUGUAAUUCCCAGAUGACAUCGGGCAGCAAGGACAGCCAGAUGAGAGGUUGGGGACACGGCCACCACACUGUGCACACUCGCUGGCGUCACACACACCGUACAUAUCUGAGGGUGCCAGUGCCCACUGCUUCUCACUUAAGCGCCACAAUGCACCCCUGACAAGUAUUCAAGCGAGACGGCGCAUCUCGAGGGGCUGCCGCUGCGCCUUUGGGGCCCCCAGGUUUGAUUUCUCCAAGCGGAGUGUCAGAAGCACAGUCGAGUCUCGUGCCCGUCAGUAACCCCGGCCAUUUCAGCAUCGUCCUGCUGCGAGGGGCUGCAGAGUGCCAGCUGACUGGUGUUUGUAUUCCCUGUGCCUGUAGCUGGGUGGCACAGUGAUUAGUAUUUCUUGGGCACAGUGUGGAGUUCUGUGCGUGUCCACCUGGCCAUCAAAGACAUGCCCCCUAUUUCAUAUCAGCGAGUUGUACACGGGUGGGCAGGACCUCACGCUCUCGGUCGUCAUCUGUCCCAAGUGACACACAUCACAGCUGACCCCAUAAUAAUGGGGUGAGGGGAGCAUUUGAAGUUAUUGUAUACACCAGGUGCCCUGUGCCCGUUUCUUUCAUUUCAGGGCCCACUGAACUGCCCAAAGCACUGCGGGUGGGCAUUACAUUCCUCGGUGAGCACCUAUGGUGCCCACAAGGGUCACGUUUCACCAGGGGGAGUUUGUCUAAAUGGGCGGGUCGAGGGGCACAGAGCUGUAGGAGGUGCCACCUUUGGUAGGCACAAGCGCUUUGGCACCAGUCUAACAUUUGCUCUCGUGUUUUCUGUCAUUUUCUGAUUGCAGAUUCCUAAUGGGGCGAGGCCGAGACAGGACUCCCAGGGCAAGCGGCUCCUGGACACACACUCCCGUGCCCGUACCCGUCGGAUUAGAAUCAUGAAAGAGGAGACGGUGGCGACCAGCCGGUGCUCCCAACCGCCCUGCCAGCCCCAGCCAGCGGCCCUCGUCCUCCUGUGCUCCCUUGUCCGUCAAGUGUUUGUCUGGCAUGCCGCUUCAUGCUCCGCCCUGUGCCCUGCUGCCAGGCGGGCACACCACGCUAGCUGGAGCCGGCAGGCGGUGGUGCUGCUGCUGCCCGCCCGGCCGGCCUCUGCCCCGAGUCGUUACUGCGUGCCCGCUCUGUCACCUUGCCUGUGCCAAACUUUCACUGGAGGCUCCUCUGCCACCCGCCUGCCAUCUGGGCUCCCCGCCCGAGUGCUGCUUGUCCGUUUUUCUUGUUGUGUCUCUUUGUUUGGACUUUCUAUGCAUGAGCACAGCUGUCACCCAGAAUCCCCCCGGGCAGGACACUGCCCCCCUUCUCCCAUGCCACGGGGGUCCGAUAGACUCUGAAGAAGCUCUUUAAAUAUCUAAUAUAUAGAUUUCUAUUCUGCGACAGUGUUACACGUUUUGUUACCUCAAAGUCCGGCUGAUUGAAUAAAUAAAUGGAGUUUGUUGCCAUCAUCAUCAUCAUCUUCCUCAUCUUCCUCCUGCCAUCGGCGCACCUCUCCCGUCCUUUCCAUCCUCCAGUGUCACGCAAAUGUGAAGGUGAAAAGUGUCGUCACCCUGAAAGUACAAGCGAGCGGCCUUCGCGGAGGGACUGCGAGGGCCGCAGGAAGACCCUCGGGGGUCCAGCCAAGGAGCAGACACGGACUCUGCGAGGGCAAGAGGACAACAUCCUUAGGUGCAAACCAUGCCAACUGGCAGUGUGGGAGGUGGGCCUCUGCACGGCCCCCCCACGACGGGAGAGUGUGUGAACGGUGGCACUCGGGUCAUCGCUGGACUUCUGCCGUGGUCCAGCCGAUGUUAUAUAGUGCCUUUCACAUUGCAGCGGCUGGGGGGCGAGUGCGUUGCAAGUGGCUUAGCGAGUGACUCGCAUGAAUGCGCCGCCCGUCUGAAUGUUACGGCAGCCUCUGCUUGGCACGUCAUGCUUUGCUUUGUGAAAAACAAAAAAAAGCAAAUAAAAUAUCAAAUGUUUCA